AGCGGCGCGGACGGGGCGGAAAACGGUGGUAGCGGUUCCGGUGGCGGCGAUGAGCUUCGCGUGGCCCUGGCAGUACAGCUUCCCGCCCUUCUUCACGUUGCAGCCCAAUGGCGAGACGCGGCAGAAGCAGCUCUCAGCCUGGUGCGCGCUGGCGCUCGCCUACAGCCAGCAGCACCGGCUGCCGGCCAUGACGGUGCGGGAGGCGCAGGACAGUCCCCUCUUCUCCAACCACCGCCUGCAGCGGAAGCUCCCGCUGGAGUCCGUCCAGGUGGUGCUGGAGGAGCUCCGCAAGAACGGGAAUCUGGAAUGGUUAGAUAAGAACAAAACCAGUUUUCUGAUCAUGUGGAGGAGACCAGAAGAGUGGGGAAAACUCAUCUAUCAGUGGGUGCUGAAGAACGGUUUGACCAACUCUGUGUUCACGCUGUAUGAACUGGUCAGUGGAGAUGACACACAGAACGAAGAGUUCCACGGCUUGGAUGAGACAAUGCUGCUCCGUGCCCUUCAAGCCUUGCAGCAAGAGCACAAGGCUGAAAUUAUCACACUGGAUGAUGGCCGAGGUGUGAAGUUCUUCUAAUCAGAGUCCUCCCUCCUCUUCCUCAGCUGUCAAAGUGGUUCUCGUGUGGAGGUUCACUCUCCUGGCCUGGGUUCAAGCUGUGACUGCAAAGCAGCCACACACUCGGGGGUUUCCUGGAGCAAGGAGAAGCCAUGAAGCCUUCCAAAAAUGUGACUUGUUAGGAACAUUCAGAGAUCCUCCAUCUGCCUUCUCUCCCUGUUGAUUGUGUCUGGGCAGCUAAAGCUGCUCUAGGCAGCUCUGAAGGGCACCACCCAGAAGCAGUUUUGUGUCUGCUGCCGCUCACCAUCCCUGCAGAGGCCACAGUAUGAUCUCUUCAGCUGGCUGGUUGAGCUUGGCCUCCAUAGGCCCCUCCUUUCCUCCUGCCUGCUGAUGCUUGGCCACCGAGUCCCCACAGCAUGGGCAUGCGGGUGGAAGGCAGUGUAGGACGCGCUGUGGCUGCUGAGCUGUGGAAGAUGCCAGUGGCAGGGAUAUGGAGCUGUGGAGCUGGCUGUGCAGCAGGGCAGAUGGAUGCCACAGAAUUGCUUCAGAGUCAUUAAAAUGAGAGCUGUAUUUGUA